AUGAACCGGGCCGCGUCAUCAGCACUGGCACCCGCACUGAACGUGAACGUGCCAGGCAACGGCACUUUGUAUGCCGGCGGCAGUAUGAGCCACGAACGUCGCCGCAACAUCUCUCCGGACGAGGUGUGUCCGCCAGACACAAUGCUGCGCACGCCACCGCCGACGGCGCGUAACUCCGUAGACGCGGUGCGUGUCGCGGCGCACGCGUCGAGCGAACCUCGGUACGUCAAGCCGGACCGCUUGAGUCUCGCCUCCGAGGGCGCUAGCGCAGCUGCCACCGAGCGGCUGCCUCCGCUGGCCGGACUGCUUGCCGCUGCGAAUGGCCCCACGGCAACGCGAGCGAGAACCGUUAUCUUACGGAGCACACGGAUUCCACUCGGGCGCAGCCCAGCCACGUCGCCCGUAGCGUCGACGUCAACGUCGCAUCUGGCACCACCCCAUGCGCCCACCCUCGAUGCUUGGUCGUCGUCUACGCGCGCUCCGCACCCGACCGUGGCACGGCAGCCGCCCGCACGUACGCCACCCGCGCCGGCCAACGCGGCAGGGAAGGGGGAGGCGCCGGUGUCUACGCGAGACAUGGAGGGCAUGCAGGAAGCUUUAAAGAAGUUUAACGCUCGGGUGCUGGAGGAGAAUGAGAAAGAGAAGGCCCGCAACAGCCGCCGUAGCAGCUGCGCCGCCUCGUGGGAGUCGUCCAUGGUCACGCUACCCGUUGCCCAUCCCACAUUGUCAGCGGCCUCCGAGUCACUGCCAAAGUCCAACCCGCUGCAGGCCUCACCAAGCAAAGACAAGAAUAAAAUCAGCAGCACCAGCAGCAGCCACUCACCUCUUUCGGCACCUGCCAGCUCUUCGGAGAACGGCAGCACUCGUCACCCGGAGGUCUCGCCGCACCUCGUAGCCCAAGAUCCGCACUGCGGGCUGCCGCGCACCGUGCAGCCGGAGCAGCAGCAACUCAGGCCUGUCCGUUCCUUGCCGGCGGGCACGUCGCAGAGCCAGAGAGGGUCAUCCUCAACCUCGCCGUCGGACGAGGUGAGCACGCCGCCCAUCAUCGCCACGCCGCGAUCGGCCAAGAUAGUGGCUGGUAAACCGCAGAUCGCAGCGGUGAAGCUACCACCGUCUCCAGGCGCCCCGUCGCCGACUAUGCCGAGCCUUCCAUACCGUUACGCACAAGGCAGCGGCGCAGGCGCCCAGAAAAACGAGCGGUCCGCUGUGGGGAGGCCACCGACAGGGCUGACGCCCUCGACAUCCCCGCCGCUGGCGGUGGAUCCAGUGUACUCGGCCGUUGAGAUACAAGAGAGCUCAUCGGUGUCGACGGGCUCAUCCGGUGGUCGCUGGGGCCUCUUGAGCGACAGCAAGCGCCCCCAUACCAGCGGCAUCAACAGUUGGCAAGCGACGGCCGACAAGGCCACCGUCAACGCCACGUCCAGCUUCAGCAGCGCUGCGGCCUCGCACCCGGUGCGCCAGCCGACGCUGCCCGGACUGCGCAAGAGCCAGAACAUGGAUGAGCUCGGCAACGUCGGCGAGGAGGCCCCUGCUUGGGAGACAGACGCCAAGCCGUCGUACAAUCACGGCGCAUCGAGCGGAUACCCGCCGGGGUCGCCAAGCCGCUCCGACAAUCUCCACGACGGCGGGCCGCAUCGCCUGUCACACGCGAGCACCAGCGGAGCUGGCAACGGCUCCCCACACACGGCGCUGCGUGUCCUCAGCUCCACCGAUGAGCAGCCUGGAAAUCGCAGCCCGAACGGUGCGGCCCCAGUGAAGACCUCGCCGUUGGAUAAUGGCAGUAGUCGUUGUGGCUCGGCCCAGUGCCCGGACUCUGCGCUGAACCACAACAGUCGCUACUCACCGGCGCGUGUUAACUCGAGCGCCACGACGGCCGCCGGACGUAAUGCGAAUGGGCAGCACGGAUCCUCCGUGGACAGCGCGAUCCUGGACAUCGACGCGGAGACAGCUGCACUCAACUCGUACUUGAAGGAGGAGGACUUGAACCUGUCCAUGUCCACGUUCACCAACAUCGGCUCAAUUCUCGCCCAGUCACUGGCGCUGCGCGUGCUGAAUCUGAAAGGUAGCACCAUCCCCAGCGAGGGGCUGCGCGGGCUGGCAGAUAUUCCAACGCUCAAGUUGGUCUGUGUAUCACACAUGCGCUGCUUGACAACGCUGGUGCCACUCGUGACGCCGACACUGAGGUCGAACGGCCGGCCCUGUGGAAUCGAGGAAAUCGACGCGCAGUUCUCACCUCUGGAAAACGAGGGUGUUUGGGGUUUGGAGAAGCUGCGGCGGCUGCGUCGACUUGACUUGGGCAUGACCCCGAUUAGCGAUGUAACGUGCCUCGCCGCCAGCCAGUCGCUAAACGACCUCUACCUCAACGGCACACGCGUGGACAGCCAAGGCCUCGCCGGGCUGGAGCGGGUGUCGACACUGACGCUGCUGAACGUUGCGCGCACCAAGGUGACGUCGCUGAAACAGAUUGCCAAAUCGCGCUCCAUUCAGACACUCAUCGCGUACAGCUGCCACAUCACGGACGCCGGCCUCCUUGGCGUCGGCGAGAUGCCGCGGCUCAGGACACUCGAUGUGAGCACCACGAAGGUCACAAACCUGUCCGUGCUGCAGAAGAGCCGCUCUCUCAAGUGGCUGCGCGCGCAGUGGCUCAGCCUCAAGAAUUGCCACGACAUUAUACAGCAGCGGCGGGCGCAGCUGGACGGUGUAACGCCUGACAGCUCCGUGGCUUGGCGCGACACCGAGGCGGGCUUUUCGGGACUCGCCAGCAUUCCGACGCUCGAGUCGAUCGACAUGUCCUUCAACACAAUCCGCAGCUUUCACUCGCUCUGCAACAGCAAGUCUCUCAAGCACCUUAUUUUGCGCCGCACGCGCGUCGACAACAGCGGCAUCGGCAGCAUCGCUCAGCUCGCCGGAACCCUCGAGACGCUCGUCAUCACCAAUCUGACCGACAUCCUCGACGACAGCGACGACGAGGAGGCCAACGGCCCGUCGAACGCGGCGAGCGGGCUGCUCAGCAUCAUUGGCGACAUCCUCACGCUGCGCCGCCUCACCUCCCUUGACCUCUCCUUCACGGAUGUCUAUGAUCUGCGCCUCCUGCAGGAGCUGCGAGUGCUCCGCGAGCUCAUUAUCGUCGAGACGCUCGUCACUGUUGACGGUCUGCGCGGUAUCGAGAAGAUCCCUACGCUGGAGACGGUGGACAUCUCACAGACGAGCAUUGUAUCGCUACAGUUCCUUGUCGGUGGCGCCCCGUCCCUCAAGAAGAUCCUUGCCAAAUCGAACCGCAACGUGCGCGGCUUCAACCUCGGCCGCAUCGAUCAGCUGCGUGCGCUGCAGCACCUCGACGUCAGCGAUACUGUCGUGGAGGAUAUCGAGCCACUGCUGCAGUCAAAGUGGCGACUGCAGACGCUCGUCUGGCGGUGGAAGGAGCGGCGCGACAGUAAGGGGCCGGCGCCGGCGCUAGAGUGCUGCGUGACGUCUCCAUGCCUGGCGGGCGUGAACACAAUGCCGUGCUUGACGACGCUUGACCUGACGAACAGCUCCGUGCAAGACCUCGCCUUUCUUGAACGAUCCACGUCGCUCACGACGCUGUACCUCAAGUGCUGUCGGCUUCUGCGCAACAGCACCAUUAAAUCCCUGGGCACGUUACCAGCACUCGAAGUGCUCGAGCUGAGCGACAACCGCCACAUUUCAGACGUGACGUGCCUGCGCACCUGCCGUCGUCUGCGAGAGUUGCGGCUUAACCACACAUACGUCACGAAGGCGGGGCUGAAAGGAGUGACCGACCUGCCGGAGCUGAUGGUGCUGGAUAUCGCGAAUACGCGCGCCGAGGACGACGUCAAGGACGAGGACGUCAACGGUGCGCUGGAACGCAGCCGCCUGCUAGAAGACUCGAACGUGCGCGAGGGGAGCACGCUGCUGGACAGCUCUGUGGCUCCGGCCCAGUUUCGUGUGCCCCGACGGCGUCGCGUCUCCUUCAUCGCCAACGAUGGCGGCGAGGGCCUUUCAAGCAAAACAGAUCGACACGAGUAG